AUGGACCACAAGAUUGGCACCGAAGCCCACCCAACCGUCUCGAUGAACGAAGGAUCUCCUCUCAGCCGCCAGCACACCGUCACCUUGAGUAACGAGCAGUAUGAACGUCUCUUCUUUCAACCGGCGGCUCCACGUCGUGGUGAUUUGGCCAAACGCUUCGGUAACCCAUCGUUGUUGGGUCUCAUUGCCUUUUUGAUCCCAUAUACCUCGACCAUCCUUACGCUCUGCCAAUUCAGCGGCGCCGUUCCACCGUACACCCUUGUGGGUCUCAGUGGAGACUAUUACUUCCUUGGUGCCAUCGCUAUGAAUUUGGCUGGUUUGAUGGAGUUUGUCCUAGGCAACACCUUCCCAAUGGCCGUCUUCAUCAUAUACGGCUGCCACUGGGGCAGUCUGGCAUACACCCAGGACCCUAUUCACCUUACCACGUCCGUCUUUACGACUGAGCUCGGUGGUGCUACCGGCGCUGCUUACCAGAGCUCGCAGGCAUUUCACAACGUGACGAUGUGCAUUGUCUCGUUCGUCCUUAUGAUCGGAACCCUCCGUGUCAACGCCUUUUUCGCCCUCACGUUCUUCGGCCUCGUGAUGCUCUUCGCGUUCAUCGCAGCAGCAGACUUUGCCGCGCCCUUGGCGGUCGACGCAGCCGGUUUGGCACACGUCGAGCACCUGUUGAAGUUCGCUGGAGGGUUCGGGUUCAUCGGUCUCGUUUGUGGUUGGUACCUUGCAAUCCUCGAAGUCUGCGAAGCCGUGGCAAUACCAUGCCCCCUCCCUGUUUUCGAUCUGGGCCGAUACGUCUUCCCACCGAAGUCCGAUCCAACCAAGGAGGCAUAG